CUUAGACCAGAAAUAUGGCAUCAACAGUCAAUGGAGAGAACCACAAUGUUAACCUUUGGGAAUCUCAAAAAAAUAUGCUGACACAGUCAUUGAAGGACAAUGAUAUAGAGGUAUAUACAAUCAUUAAGAAGGAAAGCAAUCGGCAAAAGACUGGGUUGGAGCUGAUUGCUUCAGAGAAUUUUGCAAGUCGAGCAGUUCUGGAAGCAUUGGGUUCUUGCUUGAAUAAUAAGUACUCAGAAGGAUACCCAGGCCAGAGGUAUUAUGGCGGUACUGAGUUUGUGGAUGAAUUGGAGAUUCUGUGUCAGAAGAGGGCUCUGCAGGCUUAUGGCCUGGACCCACAAAGCUGGGGGGUCAACGUUCAGCCAUACUCGGGAUCUCCUGCGAAUUUUGCAGUGUACACAGCCCUAGUGGAACCACAUGGGAGGAUUAUGGGUCUAGACCUGCCUGAUGGGGGUCACCUCACCCAUGGAUUCAUGACAGAUAAGAAGAAAAUCUCUGCUACCUCCAUCUUUUUUGAGUCCAUGCCCUAUAAGGUAAACCCAAAUACUGGCUAUAUUGACUAUGACAAACUCGAAGAAAAUGCCCGACUCUUUCACCCGAAACUGAUCAUUGCAGGAGUCAGCUGCUAUUCUAGGAACCUGGACUAUGCCCGAAUGCGGAAGAUUGCAGACAGUAAUGGAGCGUACCUCAUGGCUGACAUGGCCCACAUCAGUGGACUAGUGGCUGCUGGAGUAGUCCCUUCUCCCUUUGAACACUGUGAUGUGGUGACCACCACCACACACAAAACCCUUCGGGGCUGUCGGUCUGCCAUGAUUUUCUAUAGGAAAGGAGUGCGCAGCGUGGACCCUAAGACAGGCAAAGAGACGAUGUACAAUCUGGAGUCACUCAUUAAUACAGCUGUUUUCCCAGGGCUACAGGGAGGGCCUCACAACCAUGCCAUUGCAGGAGUUGCUGUAGCCCUGAAGCAAGCCUUGACACCUGAAUUUAAGGCUUAUCAGCAACAGGUGGUUGCCAACUGCAGAGCCCUUUCUGCAGCCCUGAUGGAGCUGGGUUACCACAUUGUAACAGGUGGUUCUGACAACCACUUAAUUCUUGUGGACCUACGAGGCAAAGGCACAGAUGGAGGAAGAGCUGAGAGGGUGCUAGAAGCUUGCUCUAUUGCUUGUAACAAGAAUACCUGCCCAGGAGACAAAAGUGCAUUAAGACCCAGUGGACUGAGACUAGGAACCCCAGCUCUGACCUCCCGGGGACUACUAGAAAAAGAUUUCUACCAAGUAGCCCUCUUUAUUCAUGAAGGAAUAGAACUGGCUCUGCAGAUUCAAAAAGACCUCGGUCCCCAGGGUACCAUGAAAGAAUUCAAGGAGAAACUUUCGGGGGAUGUGAAGUAUCAGGGUGUUAUCAAGGCCCUCAAAGACAGGGUGGAGACCUUUGCAGCUAUAUUCCCUCUGCCUGGGAUCCCUGGUUUUUAAAGAGAUGCUGGGCUCUGUUAGCAAUCCAUGAGUUUCAAAGUCUGAUUGGAAGUAUUUAGCCUGAAGGCUACCCAAGUGCCAAAAGCCUCCUUUUAAGAAAAGGAAGGUAGAAAAUUAUCAAUUGGAAGGGGGGAAUUGGAAAAUUAGACAAAAUCUAUUCAUUUUGAGGGUGGGUGGGUUCUAUUUAAUGAGCUUUUCCUAACAUCUGCAUUGGAAAAAAAUUGCCAUUUGGAUGUCACUGAGGACUCAGGUGUGUAUAUCCUUCCAAAGGAUAGUGUAUAAACCAUAAAUCUGUUUUAUAGUUCAUUAUUAGUCAUUUGGGGAUACUUUAAUAAUUAGGGAACUAAUUUUGAGUCUUUCUUAUCUCAUUUUUGUAUAAGAUCAGAGUAUCCCAUAGCCAUUUGGCCUUCAUUCAAAUGGACAAUGAUGUAAUUUUACUUAACCGUCUCUGUUGUGGUCAUGACUUCUUUUGGUGGCUCAGAAAACAUCCAGGUUAAUAACUUGCAAAGGUUACUCAAUCCUGGGGAUCAUGUUAUUCAGUGCAAUGCCAAAAGAAGUGAUUGGUGUCCUUUUUAGUUGGAGAGAAAAUGGUUGUCAAGCUUCAGCCUGACCAAUUUGUGUCAGCUAUAUCAUCAGGUAGAAGGAGCUCAAAGUACCUUAUAAAUGCUGUCUUUAAUCCUUCACCACAUUUUGGGGAGGUAGGAGGUGGGUGGGGAAUGUGACCUUCAUUUCCAGAAGAACAGAUCACACAUAGGAGUGAUCACUCGAUCUGGAACUUGGCAACUUACGGCAAUGACAGCCUUCUAUUCCAAUGAGAGGUGUUGAUCCACUUCCCAAAGAAAUUAUUUUUCAAACAGCUGAGUGCAAAACAGUAAUGACCAUUUUUAAUAAGCACAAUAAAAUUAAACACAGAAUGUGACAAGAAUUAUAGCUUUAAAAAUACAACCAAAUUUGUAUUUAAAAAAUAUCUGAACUCAAAUAAAUUAAUUUUUUUACAGUA